AUGUCCCUCGCUGCGUAUGUUCGUCUGCCGCGGUUCCGCCGCCAUUUUCCAGACUGGAUUGCAGCUAUUCUUAUAACCGUCUUUUUUCUUGGUGUUGCCGAGCACAUCGUACCGUUCCAUCGCCAGUUCAAGUUGAGUGAUCCAACCAUCCAGCACCCAUUCGCUCUCGUUGAGCGUGUUUCAGGACCCGAAUGUCUUGUUUUAGCCGCAUUUAUACCUCCUAUAGUCAUGGCAUUGGUGACGUUCAUCAAGCACCGCAACCGUCCCGACCACGCAUGGCACGUGUGGACAGUGUCCGUCCUUGGCGUCUUCCUCGCUGUCAGCACCGUGGGAACGGCUACAGACAUCUUGAAGGCCUGGAUCGGGCGCCCUCGUCCAGAUUUCCUUGUGCGCUGUGGGCCUCGGCAAGGAACUCCAUUCGAUGAGUAUGUCACCGCCGAAGUAUGCACUGCGCCAUUCGGUAUGAUGGUUUUGGAAGACGGAAUGCGUUCUACGCCGUCAGGACACCUGGCCAUCUCUUUCGCCGCAUUUGGCUUUUUAUCGGCAUGGCUUGCUGCCCAAUUCGGCGUGGCAGCGACAGAAAGACCCAUUCACUGGCACUUUGCCGCUCUUUUGCCGCUUGUGUUGGCCUUUUAUGUGGCCUUGUCCCGGACCCAGGACUAUCGCCACCAUUUCGUUGAUAUAAUCUUGGGUGCUUUUCUAGGCAUUGGUGCAGCAACCACCUGCUACCGCAAGUACUUCCCCGCCAUUAGCGAAGGCGCGGAUCCUCUUGACUCGGCGGACCAAGAACCACAGCUUCCGCUUUAG